CACCAUUAUUAUUAUUAUUAUUAUUAUUUAUUGUUUUAACUAAAAAAUAGAUUUAGAAAAAAAAAAAGAAAAGAUAAUAAUUAAUAAACAUUUAUCAAUUUAGUUUAAAUAAGAGUAAAUUAAUAAAAAUGAAUGGAGGUGAUUUUAAUGAAGUUUCAGCAGUAACACCAAAUGGAUCCGACCUUUCUACUGAAAAUAAAGAAUUUGCACUUGACAAAUCCCAAAUAUCGACAAAAGCUAGUUCAAUAUUAUUACAAUUAAAACAAACUAUUGUGGCUGGUACAGGUUUUUUAUGUGACGCUUAUGAUUUAUUUGUUAUAAAUUUGGUUUUAGUUAUUUUACAAUAUAUACCUGAAUAUAAUGAAAAAGGUGGUGAAUCAUCAAUGGUAUCAACAGGUGCACUUUGGGGAGCAGUUGGUGGUCAAAUUAUAUUUGGAUUUUUAGCAGAUAGAAUUGGAAGAAAAGUUGGUUUUAUUAUUACACUUUCUUUAAUUACAUGCGGUGCAAUUCUUAGUGCUUUUUCAGUUGAUAGACCUGCUCUUAGUAUUUUUGGUAUGCUCACCAUUUGGAGAACUAUAUUGGGAUUUGGUAUUGGUGGUGAAUAUCCAUUAUCAGCCACCAUCUCUAGUGAGUCUUCAAAAAAUGACAGAAAGCGUGGUUCACAAGUUGCUGCUGUAUUCAGUAUGCAAGGUCUUGGUAUUAUUUUAUCUCCAAUUGUAGUUCUUAUUUUACUUAAAAUCUGUGGAGGUGGUCACCUUGACUUGGUUUGGCGUUUAGCUUUAGGUUUUGGUGGUAUUCCAGGCUUAAUUAUGAUUUACUUUAGAAUCACUAUGAAGGAAACCAACUCUUUCAAAAAGAACAAGAAGAUUCAAAAGAGUGAAAUGUUAAGAACUAUUAUUUUCAAGUAUUGGAAAACUCUCUUGGGUACUGCUGGUGGUUGGUUCAUUUUCGAUAUCACCUUUUAUGCAAAUGGUCUUUUCAAUGGUACAAUUGUCUCUUUGAUCGGUUUAAACAAUGCUGACACUGACUAUGGUAAAGUUUGGAAUACCACUUUGGUAUCAUUGUAUCUAGGUUUACUUGGUUUACCAGGUUACUAUGUUGGUGUAUGCUUAAUUGACCGUAUUGGUAGAAAGAAUCUUCAAAUGCUCGGCUUUGCUUUACUCGGUGUUACCUACAUGGUUAUGGGUUUCUCAUAUGACCACAUUGUCAAAAUCAAGGCCCUAUUCAUCAUUCUUUAUGGUUUAACUUUCUUCUUUGGCAAUGCUGGCCCUAACACUACAACAUUUGUUUUGCCAUCAGAGUCUUUCCCAACUAAAAUCCGUGCUACUUGCCAUGGUCUUUCCGCUGCUGCUGGUAAAAUAGGUGCUGUUAUUGGUGGUGCUACUAUUAAACCAUUGUUCACCAAUUACGGCUUGGAUAAAACUCUUAUUGUUUGUGGUGCUAUUGCUUUUGUUGGUCUUAUUCUUACUUUCUUUAUUGUUGAAGAGACAAUGGGUAAACCUAUCAUUGAAGAUGAAGAAGUUGAAAUGGAACAAAUUGAAUCUAUUGAUUCACCAACUUUAGAAGAAUCAACUUCAAGUAGCAGUAGCGGUGUAGAUGAAGCAAAAUAA